AUUGCAGAACUGCCAUCUUGGAGAAGCACAAUGGAGACUUAUUAUCAAAAAAUGCUGUGACUUUGAGAAACAUCAAUUUAAAAUAUUUAGUAUUUAUCAGCACAUCCUAAAUUGAAAUCUAAAAGAGGGUAUGAAUUUCUAUAGUUUUUUCAUGUAUUUGGAAUUGGAGGGUCUUUGGUUGGUUAUAUUCCAAUACUUAUGUCUAAAUAUGUGUGGAAUUGCACAUAUGUUCAUCAUGAGUGACAGAGUUAACACAUUUUAAUUCUUAAAUGCAUGGAUAUGGCUUGUAGUUGAAGUUAUGCAUCAUUCCAAGCUUAUUAUUUCUGCUAAAGAAAUUGCAAUCAAUACUUUCACAGCUACAGAGAAGUGCAGGACUUUGCAAAGAUACUGUAAUGUAAUAAAUAGAAGAUGACAGUGAGCAAUAGAAGAAAUAGAACCAGAAUAUAUUGUCGUUUUCUUUCUUUCUGACCAACAUCAAUUUAAAUAUGUAAACUUGGUUUUUUUUAAGGUAGGUUUAUGUAAACACGUUAAUUCUUAUUCAAAGCAAAGCAAGUUGCAGCAGAAACCCCCACAAAAAAAAAAUGUGCGACGCUCUUCAACUUCCCAUCGUUGACUUGUCAUCCCCAGAUCGCUUCUCCACCGCCAACUCGAUCCGUCAGGCAUGCAUCGACCACGGUUUCUUUUACCUUGUGAAUCAUGGGGUCGAUGAAGAAUUGGUUAACAAAGUGUUUGAGCAGAGUAGCAAGUUUUUUUCACUUCCAAUUGAAGAGAAGAUGAAGGUGAUCAUAAAGAAUUACAGCAGUUAUUCGCCGCUUUAUGCUGGAAAACUUGAUACUACUUUAAGUACCAAAGGUGACUCUAACGAAGGCUUCUAUGUUGGUCAACUAGCUGGUGACCUCAAUCAAUGGCCUUUAGAAGAGGAUUUGCCAUCUUGGAGAAGCACAAUCGAAACUUAUUAUCAACAACUACUGUCUGCUGGGACUAAAUUGCUCUCCUUAAUUGCCCUGUCCCUGAAAUUAGAUGAAGAUUUCUUUGAAAAAGUGGGUGCCUUUAAUGAACCAUUGGCAUCUCUUGGUUUAUUACAUUAUCCAGGGGACUUGGACUCUUCCAGUAAAGAAAUAUAUGGUGCGUCUGCUCAUUCAGAUUUUGGAAUGCUCACUCUUUUGGCCACUGAUGGUGUUCCGGGACUUCAGAUUUGUCGGGAGAAAUCCGAGCAACCGCAGGUUUGGGAGGAUGUGCCAAGCAGGAGUGGGGCAUUCAUUGUUAACAUUGGCGACAUGAUGGAGAGGUGGACCAAUUGUUUGUUCAGGUCAAGACUGCAUAGAGUGCUCCCACCCCGACAAGAACGCUACUCCGUGGCAUUCUUCUUAAAUCCUAGCAAAGACUGUAACGUGGAAUGUUUGGAAAGCUGUUGCAGUGAGGAUUGCCCUCCAAGAUUCCCACCCAUAAAAGCAUUGGACUACCUGGAAGAGCGCCUUAGACUUACAUAUGGCUUGUAGUUGAAGUUAUGCACCAUUUUCACAUAUCAUAUUCCAAGCUACAGAUAAUUGCAGGCCUUUGCAUAGAUACUGUAAGUAAUAAACAGACAGGUUAUUUUUAUUCUAAGAACAACACCCUCGUAAUAAACAGACAGGUUAUUUUUAUUCUAAGAA